AUGGGCCCAGAGGGGUCGUCGGGUGCGGAACAGGAGGGGUCGUCGGGUGGAACAGGAGGGGUCGUCGGGCUACCGAACAGGAGGGGUCGUCGGGCUACCGAACAGGAGGGGUCGUCGGGCUACCGAACAGGAGGGGUCGUCGGGCUACCGAACAGGAGGGGCCGUCGGGCUACCGAACAGGAGGGGCCGUCGGGCUACCGAACAGGGGGUCGUACGGAAGAGGAGGGGCCGUCGGGCUACCGAACAGGAGGGGCCGUCGGGCUACCGAACAGGAGGGGCCGUCGGGCUACCGAACAGGAGGGGCCGUCGGGUACGGACCAGGAGGGGUCGUCGGGCACGGACCAGGAGGGGUCGUCGGGGUACCGAACAGGAGGGGCCGUCGGGGUACCGAACAGGAGGGGUCGUCGGGGUACCGAACAGGAGGGGUCGUCGGGGUACCGAACAGGAGGGGUCGUCGGGGUACGGAAGAGGAGGGGUCGUCGGGGUACGGAAGAGGAGGGGUCGUCGGGUACGGAAGAGGAGGGGCCGUCGGGGUGCGGACCAGGAGGGGCCGUCGGGGUACCGAACAGGAGGGGCCGUCGGGGUACGGAAGAGGGGCCGUCGGGUACGGACCAGGAGGGGCCGUCGGGGUACCGGCCGUCGGGUACCAGGAGGGGCCGUCGGGGUACGGAAGAGGAGGGGCCGUCGGGGUACCGGACAGGAGGGGCCGUCGGGUACCGGACAGGAGGGGCCGUCGGGGUACCGGACAGGAGGGGCCGUCGGGGUACCGGACAGGAGGGGCCGUCGGGUACCGGACAGGAGGGGCCGUCGGGGUACGGACCAGGAGGGGCCGUCGGGGUACGGACCAGGAGGGGCCGUCGGGGUACGGAAGAGGAGGGGCCGUCGGGGUACGGAAGAGGAGGGGCCGUCGGGGUACGGAAGAGGAGGGGCCGUCGGGGUACCGGACAGGAGGGGCCGUCGGGGUACCGGACAGGAGGGGCCGUCGGGGUACGGACCAGGAGGGGCCGUCGGGGUACGGACCAGGAGGGGCCGUCGGGGUACGGAAGAGGAGGGGCCGUCGGGGUACGGACCAGGAGGGGCCGUCGGGGUACCGAACAGGAGGGGCCGUCGGGGUACGGAAGAGGGGCCGUCGGGGUACCGGACAGGAGGGGCCGUCGGGGUACCGGACAGGAGGGGCCGUCGGGGUGCGGGCCCAGAGGGGCCGUCAGGCUGAGGGCCCAGAGGGGCAGUCAGGCUGAGGGCCCAGAGGGGCAGCUGAGGGCCCAGAGGGGCAGUCAGGCUGAGGGCCCAGAGGGGCAGUCAGGGUGCGGGCCCAGAGGGGCAGUCAGGGUGCGGGCCCAGAGGGGCAGUCAGGGUGCGGGCCCAGAGGGGCAGUCAGGGUGCGGGCCCAGAGGGGCAGUCAGGGUGCGGGCCCAGAGGGGCAGUCAGGGUGCGGGCCCAGAGGGGCAGUCAGGGUGCGGGCCCAGAGGGGCAGUCAGGGUGCGGGCCCAGAGGGGCAGUCAGGGUGCGGGCCCAGAGGGGCAGUCAGGGUGCGGGCCCAGAGGGGCAGUCAGGGUGCGGGCCCAGAGGGGCAGUCAGGGUGCGGGCCCAGAGGGGCAGUCAGGGUGCGGGCCCAGAGGGGCAGUCAGGGUGCGGGCCCAGAGGGGCAGUCAGGGUGCGGGCCCAGAGGGGCAGUCAGGGUGCGGGCCCAGAGGGGCAGUCAGGGUGCGGGCCCAGAGGGGCAGUCAGGGUGCGGGCCCAGAGGGGCAGUCAGGGUGCGGGCCCAGAGGGGCAGUCAGGGUGCGGGCCCAGAGGGGCAGUCAGGGUGCGGGCCCAGAGGGGCAGUCAGGGUGCGGGCCCAGAGGGGCAGUCAGGGUGCGGGCCCAGAGGGGCAGUCAGGGUGCGGGCCCAGAGGGGCAGUCAGGGUGCGGGCCCAGAGGGGCAGUCAGGCUGAGGGCCCAGAGGGGCAGUCAGGCUGAGGGCCCAGAGGGGCAGUCAGGCUGA